AUGGCCAUUCUCCCUAUCUCUGCCUCGCUUUUAGGCCUGGCGGCUUCGGCAUCGGGCCUGAGCUUCAGUAUCCCUCAAUCUCCGCCAUCGAACUCCAGUGGUCAAAUUUCUGCAGCCCCAGUUGGUGUAUCUCUGGAGUUCUUCACUUUUCCUGAAUACCUUCAGGACCUCCCCUCGACGACCAAAUGUUUGGAGAAUUUGAAAGACCUCACCGGAACAUGGCCUCCAGUCAGAAUUGGAGGCACUACACAGGAUCGUGCAACAUACAAUGCAUCGUCGAGUAAUGCUGUUACCUACACAGUGGCUAGUACGAAAGACGCGCCCGAGACUCUGACAUACGGUCCCUCCUUUGUCUCUUUGGCUGCAACUUAUGCUGGUAAGGUCAUCAUUGGACUCAAUCGUCGUCUAGAUGAUAUUUCCAACACAAUUGCCGCUGCGCGACUUGUAAAGGCCACGAUGCAGAAUUUGUAUUCUAUUGAACUUGGAAACGAGCCCAACUUCUUUGUUGACAGCGACCCUAUUGCCAGUGGUGCGUCUUGGACGGCUGCUGCCGACGAAGCAUCCCAGAUUGAAUGGCAGGACGCUGUGUGCGGAAACCUUUCUGCAUCUGAUAUUAUCUCAGCGGGUGUCUACUUUGGCACCUCCCCGAUGAGCCUCGUUGGACUCACUGCAAAAGAAGGUGACGCCAAUGAGUAUGUGAAGGAUUACUGCUCCCACAAUUACCCCCAGUCUUCCGGCAAUUAUAACUUGACAGCUCUUAUGAACCACAAGGAUAUUGCUACUCAAAUCAAGCCAUAUGCCGCUGAGAUUUCCGCCGCUUCUGCCAAGGGCAAGCCACAUGUCUUUGGAGAGACCAACUCCGCGACACAAGGUGGAGGUGGUAUUAGUCCGACUUUCGGUGCUGCCCUCUGGAUCCUGGACUAUGUGAUGCAGACCGUUGUUAUGGGCACAGAUGCCCUCUACUUCCAUCAGGGUACUAUUGGAAACUGUCAAUACUGCUGGUGGGGCCGCUACGAUAUGGGCUCGCCCUACUACGGAGCUUAUUUCGCGACCAUGGCGCUGGCCAAUGCCGACAAAAUUGCACCUUUGGACAGCCAGGACUCCGCCUAUGCGGCCUAUGCCAUUUACAAGUCCGGGGCUCCCGUGAAAGUUCUUCUUUACAACUCUGACUACUAUACUACUGGCACUCGUUCGUCGCAGACCUACACGCUUUCAGGUAUUUCUAGCUCCAGCGUCACUGCUAAGCGUCUGACCGCCCAAUACGCCACAUCACGGGUUGACCAAGGUCAAAACCCCACUGUAGCAGGUCAGACUUUCGCUAAUGGUACCUGCGCCAUCCAAGGUACAGAGGUUGUGGAAACGGCCACUGUUUCCGCUGGCAAAGCAACCUUCACAGUGAAAGCUUCAGAAGCACUUCUGGUAUUUUUGUAA